AUUUGGUAAGAUUUAUGACCAGAAUUUAGUUGUAAAAUUUAGUCGAGUUUCUUUGUUUUGUCUCUCUCACACACUUAUCAACUCUUUUAGCUCAAUAUUCAACUUUGUUCCUUAUCUUCCAUCUUUACCACCAACAACAAUUCCCAAUUCACUUUUCAUCAUUUUUAAUCUCUCUUUUCUUUUCCAAAGAAUAAUUAUUAAACCAAUUUCAACACUCAACAACAACAUUUUUUUUUUUAAAUUCCCAAAUUUCUCAUACCCUAGAUUCUCUCCUUUCUCUCACAUCACCGAUUUUGGAUCGUCGAUUCUCGAAAUUCUUGUUGAUUUGUGGUUUAUUCUAUGGACUCCGAGGAUGAUAUGCAUGAUGCUAAUGAUAUGGAGUCUCUUGAUUAUGAUGAUGAUGAUUUCUACAGUGGUGAUACCGAAGGUGCUACCAUAGAUUAUUACAGUGAUUAUGAUGAUGAUGCUGGUGAUUACUUUGAUGAUGCUGAUAAGAUUGAGUCUCGUCGACCUGAGCAAAACUUUACCAUCUUGAAGGAAUCCGAUAUCCGAAUGAGACAGGAAGAUGACAUCAAUACAGUAGCAGCUGUUCUUUCUGUAUCGAAAGUUAUUGCAAGCAUACUACUUCGUCACUACAAUUGGAGUGUCAGUAAAGUGCAUGAUGCAUGGUUUGCUGAUGAAGAGCAAGUCCGAAAAGCGGUUGGCUUGUUGGAUGAGCCAGUUGUCCAGCAUCCUAAUGCUAGAGAGCUUACAUGUGGCAUCUGUUUUGAAAACUAUCCUCAUUCUGGGAUUGAAAUGGCUUCUUGUGGUCAUCCAUACUGUUUCUCUUGCUGGGAAGGAUAUAUUAGUACGUCCAUUAAUGACGGUCCUGGAUGUUUGAUGUUGAGAUGUCCUGAACCAAGUUGUGGUGCUGCUAUUGGUCAAGAUAUGAUUGAUUUAUUAGCAUCUAAUGAAGAUAAACAAAAAUAUGGCCGUUACCUUCUUAGAUCUUAUAUCGAAGACAAUAAAAAGUCAAAGUGGUGUCCUGCCCCUGGUUGUGAAUAUGCAGUUACUUUUGAUGCUGGAGGUGCAAAUUAUGAUGUCUCUUGCCUCUGUUCAUAUAGCUUUUGCUGGAAUUGCACUGAGGAGGCUCAUCGUCCAGUGGACUGUGGCACUGUGGUAAAGUGGAUUAUGAAAAACAGCGCAGAGUCCGAAAACAUGAACUGGAUACUUGCUAACUCAAAGCCAUGUCCCAAGUGCAAGCGACCAAUUGAAAAAAAUCAAGGGUGCAUGCACAUCACAUGCACUCCACCCUGUAAAUUUGAAUUUUGUUGGCUAUGCCUUGGUGCAUGGUCAGACCAUGGCGAAAGAACCGGCGGUUUCUAUGCUUGCAAUCGUUAUGAAGCAGCUAAGCAAGAGGGAGUGUAUGAUGAUACUGAAAGAAGGAGAGAAAUGGCAAAGAAUUCAUUGGAGAGAUACACACAUUAUUAUGAACGGUGGGCCAGCAACCAAUCUUCAAGGCAGAAAGCUCUUGCAGAUCUAGAUCAGAUGCAAACUGUUCAUAUUGAGACGCUUAGUGACAUUCAGUGCCAACCUGAGUCACAGCUUAAGUUCAUUACGGAGGCCUGGCUGCAGAUAGUUGAGUGUAGGAGAGUGCUGAAAUGGACAUAUGCAUAUGGGUACUAUUUACCUGAGCAUGAGCGUGGAAAAAAACAGUUCUUUGAGUAUUUGCAAGGUGAAGCAGAAUCUGGUCUAGAGAGACUUCAUCAAUGUGCUGAAAAAGAACUACAGCAAUUCCUCAUUGCUGAAGAAGGCCCAUCUAAAGAAUUCAAUGAUUUCCGUACGAAGUUAGCUGGAUUGACUAGUGUGACUAAAAACUACUUCGAGAAUUUAGUGAGGGCUUUAGAGAAUGGUCUAUCCGAUGUGGAUGGUAAUGGAGCUGUCUUCAGCAAAGCUACGAGCUCAAAAAAUGCAGCAGGGAGUAGCAAGGGGAGAGCUGCGAGAAUGCGAAUCAGCAGAACGGCUGAUGAUAGUCCCUGGUCCUGCGAGCAUUGUACCUCUAUGAAUGCCAGAUCUUUAUCGACAUGCCAGAUUUGCAAUCAACGUAGAUGAAAGUUAAGGUUCUCCAUUAGAAACACUUGUUACUGCAUUUGGCAACUGCACUGAAGGCUGAGAUGUGGUUAUUACUUGCUUUUUGUAUGCUGGCUCCAAUAUGCGAACAAGGAUGAAGGGAUUAAAGCACGCCAUCAAGAUUGCAUUUCUUUGCACUUGCCGGAUUUGAUGUUUAUUUUCUGUUACAGGCUUUUGUAACUUAAUGUUGUAACAUAACAGCAGAUGCUGGAGAUGAACACAAAUAUGCUCGUUCGAGCCCUUGUUUAUUUCAGUUGGUCGCUUGGUAGCUUAGCUUCUAUGAGAAACCUAUAGAUAUUGAUGUAUAUAAAUAAUCUCCUGGUUGGGUUGCAUUUUUAUAAGUUAUAAGGAACAGUGAAUUUAUACACCA